AUGUCGUCAAGCAUUGAUCGUGAAACUAUGGUUGCAGCUUUAUCAGAAGCACAACGAAGUGUAGAAGUAAUUACCAAAGCUGGGAUCACAGAGCUCAUGGCAUUUCGUCAACCACCACUCAGUGUGAUUUACGUAUUUGAGGGGUUGACUGUUUUAUUGGUUCCAAGCAGACGUAUGUCAGAUUGGAAUGAAAUUCGAAAAUGGUUGGGUAGCCAAGUUAACCAGCUAAUAAAUAUGCUGAUAAACUUAGACAAGGAUCUAAUUACUGAUGAACAGCUGACAAAUCUUAAAUCUAUUUUGGCUCGUCCAGAGUGUGAGCCUGAACGAGUUAAGAGAUGUUCCUUAGCGGCUUAUCAACUAUGUCAAUUUCUUCAUGGUGUUGUUGCUUCGGUAACAUUCCAACGACAAUAUCAACAAACUAUUAAUGAACCAUCAUCAUGA